CGUCAUUUGAUGACAUCGUGUUUGCGGCCGCUACAGCGCAGAUAAUGCGUAUGCGGAUGAUCGAUGAGCGUGUGAGAGCAGAGCAUGAGAACAAAGAGCGGACGAGCUCGCGCUCUGGCUGGAAGGAUUGUCGCAGCGUUCUGGGAGAUUGCCGCGGCCGGCUCCAUUUUCGCUAACGAUCGCCGAGUGUGUGAACAUGGCUGCUGCACAGCAGGAGAGUGGCUACCAAGAGGCCGAUCAGCUGUUUGGCGAGUACAAGUUCAAGGAGGCGUACGAUCUACUCAAGGCAAAGCACACAAAACAGGAUGGAGAGUUUGAAACGCUGUGGCGACUGUGUCGGGUCGUAUACUCGCUUUCGCGCGAACUCGUGCCUGACCCAAGCAAGGCGAAACAGUUUGAGGCGUGCAUCUUCGAGGGUUACGGUUACGCAUCGCGGACGCUCGAGCUAGCACCGGAGGCCUCGGUUUCGCACAAGUACUACGCGAUCUUUCUGGCCGAGAAAUCCGGCAUUGAAGGAUUGCGACAGCGGGUGCUGCAGUUGAGCACCAUCUUGGCGCACCUGACCCGGGCAACCGAGCUGGAUGAAACGGAACCAUUCGCCUGGUUUCUGCUCGGUCGAUUCUACUACAAACUGGCCAGUUUGCCCUGGUUCCAAAAGAAGUUCAUACACACCUUUACCACCGACAUACCGAAUGCAACGUUCGAUGAUGCGUUGCGAUGCUUCAUAAAGGCCGAACAAUUAGCUGCCAAUUUCCUCCCGCUCAACCAUCUGCUACUCGGUGAGGCAUACCUUUCGCUGAAGGAUGAGAAGAACGCCCGGGUGUACCUUGAGCUGGCUGCGAAUCAAACGGCACCACGUACGGCCGAUGAUCUGGAAGCACAGCGAGAGGCCAAGACGAUUCUCAGGAAGCUGUAACCCAUAUGCUGCUUCCACAUGCGCCUACACGUCUCGUUAUCGUCCAGCCAUCGUCCAUGUCCGGUUCUGUUAUCUGUCUGCAUGCUCUAGGAACCAAACGGACUGACUCCAACAGGAUUCGCACGACCCCACAGCAGCGCGUGUUUGUGCAAGGUCAAAGAUAACGAAUAAAAUGUAUUUCAAUCGUAAAUUAGGCCCCGCCACAAUGGACAAUUCGGAUGCGAUCAUGAAGUACCGGAAUUCGAGGAGUUGUGGUAGGAGGAAGGGUAUAAGCGGGGCGGAUUUUUUUUUAUUGUCAUUUUAUCAUUAUCUAUCACGAAAAGUAAAAAGGA